UGUUUGCCUCCUGUUAUCUCAUAUGUAUUACAUACAUAUGUACAAUACACAACGGUAUUUUUACCAAGAUGAUUGCUAUCACGGUACAACUAUGAAAUACAUAAGUUGAGAUUUAAGUUUGUUUUUUCCAUAAUUCAACGAUUACUCAUCAAAUUGUAUGAAAAUUUUCUGUAAAAUUGUAUCGUGUCUGUGCAAUAAAAAUAAAUAUGAAAAUAAAAAUUGGUGAUAAAAAUAAUAUCAUGCACCGAGUGGCGGGAGAUUACAAUUCCGAAGGAUCUUGUACAGCACCUGCAGAUUUUCAGCUUUCCUCUGAGCUGGAAGAUGUUUCAAGCCGUUUAAGCGUUAAUUUAUUAAAGUGUCCACUGUGCCAUAAUAGUCGUCGAAUUUUUUAUUGUCGUCAGUGCAUUCAAAAUGGUGAUUUUAUCCAUUCAACUUCUGUUUAUUCCGAACGAUUUGCAGAUAAACAAUUGCGACUUCUACGGUUGAAAGCCGCAAGGGCUCAGUUGGAAGAAAAAUGCAUGAAAGCUCUUGAGAAACAUAAACAACGGGAUAGAUUGAUAUGUGAUAUAAAUACUUGUAAGGAAAGAGUUAGGUUGCUCCAGUCACUAGUAAGUGAAACCAGACAAAGUAUAAAUAGAGGUAACCAACGUUUAAAUGUUCUCAAAGAUGUAAAUUCUCAGUUAGCACUUAGAUUACCCAGACAUGAAGAACGAGUAGAAGAAUUACAUCGUUAUGUUGUUGGUUUGAUAAUAAAACAAGAGAAACAAAAGCAGGCUGUAGAUAGAAAGAGGCAGCAAUUAAAGAAAGUCAUUAGAAUUGCUGCUAAACAAUUGAUUCAAUAUAUUUUUCCAUUAUCUAAAGUGCAACCUAAUAGGAGUUUAUGUAGUAGCGAGGAAGACGCUAGUUCAGAUGUUGUAACUUGUGCAUUAGCAGAUGCAUCUGGAACCUCAUACGUUAGAGGAAGAUGGAUUAAUGAUACAGAUAAUGCUUUAGAAGUUCAACAUCGCAUAGUCGCGCCAACUUUACCAGGAACUGGUGAUUACAGUGCUUAUUCUUUAUGGGUGGCAGCAAAUAAAGACGGAGUACCAGGUGCGAAUAAAGAAACCGCAAUGCACAAUCCGGCAUAUAAUAUCAGUGCUGCUUUAACUUAUGCUACACAAUUGGUUAAUAUUAUCGCUUAUUACGUUAAUGUAAGGCUGCCAUAUAAACUUGCUUAUGGGGAAUUUUGUGGAAACGAAAUGUCAGAUCAAAAGUUUGCGAGAAAAGUAGCAAGACUUAAUAGCAAUGUAUUACAUUUAUGUUUUACACAAAAUACCAAUAUUACAGUUUUACAUCCAAUGCAUACUCUGCAAAAUCUGAUGCACCUCCUCAAUACUGAAAUCAGUGAUCUUGGAAGAAUUGGCCCAAUGGAAGUUGAUCCAAAUAUUGUAGCACAAUUGCACAGUCAAUUAGUUCCAGAUUUAGAGAAUAGUGAUGAUUCUGCUUCGGAUGAAGAAGAAGAUGCUUUUAAUUGGGAAUGGGAGGCUGUACCAAAUGUUGCUUGUCCUGAAAUGGCAGUUCCCAUUCCUGGUGCAAUGAUUAGUCAACAAUCUUCUAGUAUGCAAGUGAAUCAGAGUGUUGCUGGUGGUUUAGUUACAAGUGCUGCAGCAAGUAUAGCCUCUAUUUGGCGUGGAUGGACGACAAACAAAUAGACUGUUUUAUUCGAUUAACAAACUUCGUUUUAUACAAACCGUAACUGCAUAUGUAAUAUCGUAUGUAUCAAAAGACACAAAUACUGACAGUGUGUCAAAGAAAUACAGAGUUAUCUGUUUUAAAAGUAUAGCACGCUGUAAAUAUAUGUAUGAAUUUCUUAAUUCAUAUAUGAAACGUGAAAUAGUUCAAUUUCGACAUGAAAGAUUUUGUAAGAUCUGAAGAUUAGUUUAUUUUUACUUAUUUAUGCAAUAUAUUAAUUUGUGUUACUUGUAAUAUAAUUCCAAAUAUUUUUUUAGCUCAUGAUAGACUUAAAGAUCAUACUUUCUUUUUGGUACAAAUUUUGUAAAUGUACAAACUUGAUAUUUGGACGUUUACAUUUUCAAUAACUGUUUGUCAAUAUUCUUCUUAAGACAUACGUGAGUUUAAAAUGACUGCCCUUUUUAUCCUCACCGUACUUCAUGUGAUUAUGUAUUUGUUAAUAUAUACAUAAAGUGCUUUUUUACAUUAAAAAUGCCAUUACUACCACUACA